GUUUAAUACGUGGAACAUGUAAAAACAUGUAUUGUUCGUGGACUCUGACAUCCUGAAUGAUAUUAUUAUCAGAAUGCCCCUUGCAGGAGCAUGGUUUAAAAUAUGGAUUUAUUUGGGUUUGAUCUUUGGAUGGACAAUUGGUGCACGACCAAGAUUCGAUACUUCUACAGAUAUGGGGUUGGUUUUGAUACCAGCAGACGCGGAAGUUGAUUCAGUUAUAUUUCGAUUACGAGCUACCGAUCAGGAUGCAGAUUUUCCUCUUAUUUUUGAAAUAACAGCAACAAUUACACCGGUUGUGAGAAUCGACAAUCUGCCAUGUACGCUCUAUAAUAAAGUGUGCCAGGCUAAUGUAAUUCUAACGAAACGUCUAAUACCUGGCCGUCUUCAUGAUUUCGCUGUGAGGGUUAAAGACUCCAAGGGUGAUUCGAAUUCAAUGCAAGCAACCAUUUCUGUCACGAAUGCGACCACUCAACGCGAUAAAAUAUUCCCGCACAUUCCUUCUCUGAUAAUGGUACCCGAGGACACUAAACCUGGAAAGGAAUUAGAUUAUUUAUUAGUUCGAGCAAAUCCUUGGAGUGGUAAGCCAGUAUACAUCGAAUUAUGGCAACCAAAAGAAUUGUUUACGAUCAGACAACGACAAACACCAUCGCAAACUCGAGGAGUUAUUACGUUAAUCGGGGAAUUGGAUUUCGAAACUCAAUCCAUGUAUACUCUCACAAUGUACGCGACGGAUCCUUACACAGAACCUGGAAAGGAUACAAGAAAUAUUGCUGGUCUAAACGUUGUUAUUGUAGUCCAAGAUGUUCAGGACGUUCCUCCGAUUUUUACUUUGGCACCUCCUUUAACGAGACUCAACAAUUCUGUACAACCUGGGGAUGUAAUAUUACGAGUUCAUGCAGAAGAUGGAGAUAAGGGAGUUCCUCGAGAAAUCGCAUACGGUCUCGUGUCAGAGGGCAAUCCCUUCACACCGUUUUUUAAUAUCUCAGAAACGACAGGAGAAAUCGUUUUAGCUAGACCGUUGGAGGAACUAACACAAAUCACUCACGUCGGUGCACCUGUCGUGCUCAGCGUCGUCGCGGAAGAAAUUAGAAGGACCAGAGAGGAACCACCUGCACAGGCAACAGUCGUUGAAGUUGGACUUUUGCUUGGGGAACCAGGAAAUAGUCCUCCCUAUUUCGAAAGUGACACUUACGUUACGGUGAUAGACGAAAAUUUAGAACCGGGAAGUAUAAUUACUUUUGGCGAUCAAUAUUCGACGAGAGUACGGGAUGAAGAUAUCGGUAAAGCUGGUGUAUUCGCUCUCAAGUUGGAAAAUAAUAAUGGCACUUUUGAGAUUAAUCCUACCGUUGCUGAACGUACUGCGAGUUUCACUAUUACGGUUCGAGAUAAUACAUUUAUCGAUUAUGAAACAUACAAGAGCUUGAUCUUCAAGAUUGUAGCUCAAGAAGUUGGUCCAGCAACAAAUUUAUCUACAUCCGUACCAGUAACGAUUUAUUUAAGAGAUGUCAAUGAUAAUCCACCGAUUUUUGAACAGGAUUCUUACGAAGUGACACUUUCGGAAAAUGUAACAGCCGGUACACGUGUCGUGCAGGUACACGCUACAGAUAAAGAUACAGGAGAUUUCGGUAACAUACAAUACACUCGGAUAAUCGGACAAGGAAGUGAAGCGUUCACAAUGGAUCCAGAUAGAGGAUUGAUAACAGUAGCGAUGGGAUCUUCUUUGGAUCGUGAGAUUGCACCUAGAUUGGAAUUAUCCAUCGAAGCACGAGAUGAAAAUGGUCAAGGCAAUCGUGGUGUUGUUCCUUUAAUAGUAAAUUUACUCGAUGUGAAUGAUAACGUACCGAUAUUCGAAAAAAGUAUUUACAUAUUCUUCUUGAAUUCUGAUUUGACCAAUUUCACAUCACCAGCUAUGAUCAAGGCUACAGACGCGGAUGCUGAACCACCGAAUAACGUGAUAAGAUACGAAAUAAUUCAUGGAAACUACGAGAAUAAAUUUCAUCUAAAUGAAAUUACAGGUGAACUGAUUUUACGAUCACCACUCACAAGAGUUCGAAGAAAGAAACAAAGUGCUACCGAGAAAUUAGCUAGCAAAUCACAGAAAGAGUUACAUCGAGAUGAUACGAAAGAAUCAAUAUUAAAAACGAUAACCACGACGGCGACUAAUCUUAAAAUGUCAAAAUUAUUCAAGAGGAGUCUUUUUAAAAAUGAAUUGUUAAAGCGUAUUCGAAAAAAACGAGCUGAUGAUGAUAAUGCUCUGUACACGUUAACAGCUAGAGCAUACGAUCUUGGUGUACCACAUUUGUCGAGUUUAACACAAAUAAGAAUAACCAGUGGUAGGGCAGCAGAGGAUCGUAUUGUAACGUUCGUUUUACCAGAAGAAAAUCCAGAUCCAAUAAAAACUGCGAAAACAUUGGCUACGAUAACAGGAGCAAGAGUAACUGUUCAAGAGAUUCGUCCUUACGUUGGAAUCAACCUCACAUCUGAUAUGCCAAGUGAUGCUAAAAAAAGUAUCGUCGUUGCACGUGUGGAAAAAAGUACUUCCUUUGUGGACAUAGAAAAAAUUCGAGAAACUUUAGCGGCUAAUGGAGUUGGGAUAAUAAAUGCUUCAGUUAUGAUGCCUGAUUCUACUGGAAAAACUACCACCACUAAUAUCACCAAUACUGUUACCAACGUGCAAAACGAAGAAGUUAUAACGGUGUACAAAGCAGAGAAUAAAAUACUUUUCUGGCUGCUGAUAAUUCUAGGUUUAUUGAUGCUCCUUGCAAUAGCUGCGUUGAUUAUUUGUUGCAUUUGUCCUAGCUGUCCAUUUUACAUGGCACCUAGAAAACGUCGAGUCCAAUCAUCGGAAACUUUAAUCGUCCGAUCGGACGGAAGGCCAAAGAGACAUCUUCAUCGGAAGCAACCUACGAUCGUUCAUGUAACCAAUAACCAGGAAAGGAAACAAGCAUGGAGUGCUGAUCCAACCCGAAGCAACUGGCAAUUCAAUAGGCGGAACGUGAAAAAUUGUGGCUUGGCUUCGCUACCAGGUGACGUAGCUUAUGUUUCCACGCAUGCAAACGAAGGAAGAAUGAACGAGGAGUCCUCGAGAAAGCAACGAGAUGAUUUGAUUUAUGAUACUUCUGGAAGAAUCACUGGGCAAGAACGAAUGUAUGUAGAAGAUAUUGAGAGUAUGAAAAUGAGAGAUUAUCAUAUGGACAAUGAUGUAGAAUCUAUGAAACGACAUGAAAUCGAACGUAGUCCUGAUCAUCCUCGACAGAGUUAUAGAUAUGAACAAGAGCAAGAUAUGGACGACGAGAGAACAGUCAGAGAGCAACAUUUUUAUCGUGAAGGUAACGCGGAAAUUUUGCGAUUGGUAACAAGAGGACAGGUCGAGGAUAACGUGAUUCAACAUCGUGGUACAACAGUAAUCGUAGAUGGCAAAGAUAUUAUCUUAAAAAGAUUUAUGGAAGAUCAAAAAAUGAGACAAGAAGCAUCGAUUCAAGAUCUCGAUGGUACACGAAGUAUAGAAUCAACACAAAGAGUCAGAGAAACUACUCACCAGCAACCAGAGAUUAUUCUGAUACCGCAAUCCCUAAACAUCGCUCAUAACCAGCAGCACGUGGAUGAAAGUGGUCCAGGUGUUCAGAGAUUACUUAUCGAUCGUAUUGAUUACGAUGAUACCCCUAAAGAGAAAGUUACUCAUAUCUCUGACAUACAAGCUAACAGAGAAGAAUCUACAAUUGUUGGUGAAGCUUCUGAAAGCACCGAGAGACCAACGAUUCCAACCAAAGAUAACGCACAACCCGUUAAUGUUCAAUCUUACUCGUACCAUGACAUGGAAUUGGCACGGCAAAACGCUUUGCUGACAAGACUUUUAUUGGAACGAGAAACUCGUGUAAGUGGGCCAGCCAUGAUGGAUUCUACAAGCUAUUUGGAGACUCAAAGUUUACCUGGACAGGUAGCUAUUGCAACUCAAACCGAUAGGACUACUGCAACUCAAACAGACAGACACGUUCGAAGUAGAAGUGACAAUGAUGAAUCUGAAGACGAGUCGAGGAUAAGGAAAAAAAUGAAAACUAAAAAGAGAUACGAGAGUGAUUCGAAAAGGACCAGAACUUUGUGGAUGAAGUCACCGAUAGAAGAAGAAAGAAGUCCAUGUUUUGAUAAACGUUUGAGUAUUCUUCGAAAGAAAGUAAAGGAGGUCAAAGAUGGAAGGAAGAUUUCUAUAGAACCUGAAGUUCUCCGUGAAAUAUCUGACUCUUUGGACGACAACGGAAGUUCUGGCAAAGGAGAUGAUAAAGAAACGAAAACGUACGAACGAUCAACAGAAGAAACCAGUAUCAGAUAUGAAAUAUUAAACGAGGCGGACAAUGAUAGUCCUUCAUCUACCGAAAUCACCAAAGAUAAAUUCGACAAUGUUUUCAGUGAAAAAACUCAUUAUCGUGGACACGAUGAUCGAGAAACUAAAAUGAUCGAUUCAACUUGUUCUUCUACCGAACCCAAAGAAACGAGGGAAAAACAUUCGGAAAAAGAAGCAACUAGUCCGAAGAAGGAAACAAAAAAGAGUCAAAAAAAAAGUGAAAGUAAACCUACUUUUCGAAUAUUGGAAAGGGAAAUUACAUUGUUGACGAAAAAACUCAGUAAACUAGGUGAAAAGAAGACUCAAGAAAGUACAGGAAGUGGAAGUACGAUUCAAGAAAAAACUACUACCAGUAGUACGAAAAAAAGUUCGAAGAAGGACGUAGAUCAGAAGAUGUCUAAAAGGAAAGAAGAUUCGAGUAAGAAUCGAACAAAGAUCUCUACAGAACCGACUCCUAGCACUUCGAAAAUUGUAGAAAAAGGAACUAAUCAAAAAAAGGAAGGAACUGUAACUAAACUCAAACACAAGUUAAAGUAUCAGCAAGCUCAAGUUACGAGCACUGGAAGCUCCGAAAUAGAAGACACUCAUGAAAAGUCGAGAAAAGAGAGUUCAGAAUCGAGUAAAGAAAAUGUUAAAGAUAAGCAACUACCAACAACUACGUUUCAUUCUAAAAUCAAAAGACAAUCUCACGUUGAGGAAGAAAAAGAAAAUGUCAUAUCUAAGGAUCAAGAUAGCGAGAAACAAAAGGAAUUUUCGAAAGAACGUUCGAAGUUUGGAAAAUUAGAUAAAUCGAUAAGCCGUUUGCAAAAAGAAAGUUUAUCGGAAGAGUUCAGCGCAAGUACUGGUUCGGAUCAAAUCGAAAGUAAAAAGGAGUUUGGUCCUCGUCGAAAUUUCGAUAAAAGAAUGAGUACAAGCUCUUCUGAUAAUGUUUCCAGACAACCGGGUCAAAGAAAGUCGAGAAAAAUGCGAGUACAUCAAACUACAAAAGUUUCUGAUAUUUCGUUAAAGGGUACCCCAGAAAAGGAGGAUACCGACAAACACAAAACGAGUUCGGAUGAUAAAAAUGUUAAAAAAAAAUCGAAAUUAAUUAAAAUGCAUGCUGAUGGGAAGAAGAAAAUGACUGUAGUUAAAAGUGAUUUAGAAAGUACAGAAAAUGAUGAUCGUAUGAUAUCAUUGAAAGACGCUUUGAAAGAUUUUGUGGGUUUUAGACAUCUUGAAGAUAAAGAUAAAGAGAAAAUAAAACAAUCUGAAAAUGGUAAAAACCAAAAUAUCGAAAUUAUAGAUUUUCAAGAUACAGAUAAAGAGGAAAUAAAACAAUCUCAAAAUAAAGACCAAGAGAUCGAAAUCACUGACGUCCCUUCCAAGGAUAUUGAAGAAGAUACAAUAAAUAAUGUAAAAGAAAAUAGAAAAACUUUGGAAUCAUGUGAAGUUGAUAAUAAAAAUUACGUCGAUAAAAAGAAAACCGUAGAGAAAUUUGUCGAAGAAUUACAAAAAGAGAUCUAUAUGUCUCGUAUAUCAGAUAAAGAAAAAACCGAGAUUACAAGUACUACGAGUGUGUCCCCGAUCGAUAAGAUCUUAUCGGAAACUACAAUAAUUCCGAAUAACGUUGAUAAAAUUGAUUCCAAGGUUGGAACAGAAGUAACAAAAGAAAAAGAUGAAAUAACUAAGGAGAAAGAUACCAAAGAAUCUUUCGAAACUGAAAGAAAGGAUGAUUCGUCUGUUAAAGAUAGUAAACUAAUUUCUAUAUCCAUAGAUACCGAAAAAGAUACAAAAUCACUCGAUCAAUCUGCAAAGGAAGAUAACGAGGCUACUAAACAAUUAAUUGAAAUUACUGACAAGGACUUACAAGUUACGAAAGACAAUGGUAAAGUUAAAGAAAUUGAAGAUAAAGCAAGUUUAUCUGAAUCUGUGCAGGAUAAAGAUGAAAAGAAGGACGAGGAAAAAGAUAUUUUAACGAUAUCAAAAGAACCAAGUUCUUUUAUGGCCACAACAAAAAUGAUAAAAACGGCUUUAGAAAUUACGAGUAAACACAGUUCACCGCAAGAAAGUGACAAGGAUGAAAAGUUUGAAUUAAAGGAGACGACUAUCGAAAAAAGUGAAAAAGAUCAUGCACGUAUAGACUCUCCUGAAGUUGAUAAAAUUAUAAAAAGUAAUGAUAAAAGAGAUUCAAUUAUUGUAAGUGCAGAAGUGCAUGCUGGACAAAUUGUUGAACAAACUCCAGAUAAAAACCAGGAUACUGACGAAAGUAAAGAAACAUUAAGUUCUGUACAAGAUAAAGAUAAGGUUGAUAUAUCUGUCUCUAAGAAAGAUACAAAAAAUAUUAUUGAAGAACUUACAGUUAAAAUAUCGCCAGUAAAAGAUGUUUCUGAGUAUCAUGAGAUGAAAGAUACAGAAUUUACUCCUUACGAAGAUAAACCCAUGGAAGUUAUUGAACAGAGUAUUGUAAAUGAAGAAAAAGAUAGUACUGAAAAAUCUCAAGUAAAAACAGAAGAAACGACAUUACAACAGGAGGAAGAAAAAGGAGUUUAUAAAAGCGAUGAAAUUGAAAUCAAAAAAGAUGAAAGUGAUGAAGAGAAGCAAAAAUUAGAGAGGACUUUGAUUGAAUUAGAUCCAAAAGAACAAGAGAGUAAACCCACAGAAAAAGAAACCGACAAAGAAGAUGUUCAUUCAGAAAUUUUAAAAGAUAAAAUAACAGAUUUGACAUCUCCAAAAGAUUUUGAAACUCAUGAAAAGGAAGAACUAGAAAAAAUCCAAAUCAUUAGUUUACCUUCGACUGAACCCGAAGUUUCAACUUUAGCAGACGUGAAAGAUCGAUUAACCAGCGAAGAAGAAAGCAUAGAAAUAAAAACGAUUGAGGAAUUAAAGAAUUCUACUGUUGAAAAGAUUUCGAGUAAUUCGAUUAGAGUAGAAAAACCAUCGAAACCACCAUCGCCGAUUCAAACACAAGAACCAUCGGUCGUCCAUGAGGAAUCCGAAAUAAAAACUGAAACGAUGAAAAUCGAUCAAGACGAAAAAGAAAGUGGGUCACCUGAGGUUACCAAAACUAUGAAAGAAUUAAAAUUCGACGAGAAAACUCAAUUACGAACAGACGAUAAGGAUUUUACCGAGAAGGAAACCUUAAUCUUAUUGGAGGACAAAGGUAAUCAAGGUAGUAUAAUUAAAUUAGAGAAGGAAGAGGAUCAAGAAGACAAAGAAGAUUCGAGUAAACAAGAUAAGUUUGUUGAAAGGCCAGAUCAGAGGAGUAUGCAACCAGGAGAGGAGUUUACAAAAAAAGGACUUCAAACAAGGACGGAGGAAUACGAAAACGAAAACAACACUGACCACGAGACCCUACCAAACGCCUCGGCACCGCGCUAAGGAUGUUCCUGAAAAAGAAAGCCUUUCAAAGGAAAUGACCGAAAGUAUAUCUGCUGUUGAUGACAUGAAAUUGACGGUCCAAGAGGUAAAAGAUGAAAGUGGGGAACAACGAGUGGUCGAUGUAACCAUGGAUGGUAUAAAAAAUCUCCCUAGUGUUCUGCACGAGACAACGGAACUAA